AUGCGCCAUGGACAAGGAGGUACAACUAAAUUUCAUUAUUCUGCUGCGUGUUUUUCCCUCACCAGAAACAAAGCUAGUGGUGCUACUACAACCAUUACGUCCAAGCUCGGGAACCUUCUCUUGGUUGCUUCCAUUGCCAAAGCUCUCUCUGAGAGCAGAGGAACUUGUAAUCUGGACAGGGAUUCCAUUCCUCUCUCUGAGAGUCUGGUCCUCCACGUCCUUCGAAGGAACUCUCUUGACGUAUCGAAGAAGGUGGAUUUCUUUAACUGGUGCUCUAUCAAUCCCAACUACAAGCACACGACAGACACCUACUCCCAGAUCCUCCGAACUGUGUGUCAUCACCACCACCCCCUUCCGAAGAUCCUUGAUCUGCUGACCUCUAUGAAGCGAGACGGUGUCAACCUCGAGUCCGCAACCUUCAAACUGCUUCUUGAGUUCUUCAUCCGAUUGGGAAAGUUUGAUUAUGCACUAGAAAUCUUGGACCAUGUGGAGAAAGAAUUAGAAAUGGGGCCGACUAGCAGCUGCUUGAACCUGAACUUGUAUAACUCAGUUCUCAUUGCCCUUGUCCGCAAAGGGCAGCUGGUUCUAGCUUUGUCCAUCUUCUUCAAGCUUUUGGAUGUCUCCAAUGUCAAUGUCAGUGACACUGGAAAUGGAAGUGGUUAUGAUGUCUUCCCUAACGCUAUUGUAUGUAAUGAGUUGUUUAUUGCUCUUAGAAAGGCAGACAUGAGGGCUGAAUUCAAACGAGUUUUCGACAAACUGAGAGAGAAAAAGCUCUUUCCAUUGGACACACGGGGCUACAAUAUAUGUAUUCAUGCAUAUGGGUGUUGGGGUGAUCUGGGUACUUCCCUGAGCCUCUUCAAAGAGAUGAAGGAAAAGAAUCUGGGUUCAGGUGGUGCGUUUAGUCUGGACCUGUGCACAUACAAUAGCCUUAUUCACGUGCUCUGCUUGGUUGGGAGAGUGAAGGAUGCACUCACGGUCUGGGAGGAACUAAAGGGUUCAGUUCACUGUCCUGAUGCCUUCACUUAUCGUAUUUUAAUCCAGGGCUGCUCUAAAUCCUAUCGGAUGGAUGACGCGAAAAAGAUAUUUAGUGAGAUGCAGUACAAUGGCUUCCGUCCUGAUACCAUAGUUUAUAACUCCUUCUUGGAUGGGUUGCUCAAGGCAAGGAAACUUAUCGAAGCAUGCCAUUUGUAUGAGAGGAUGGUUGAGGAAGGGGUAAGGGCUUCAUGUUGGACACACAAUAUAUUGAUUGCUGGGCUGUUCCGAAAUGGAAGGGCUGCUGCUGGUUACUCCCUAUUUUGCAAUUUGAAGAAAAAAGGGCAGUUUGUGGAUGGGAUUACCUACAGCACAGUCACGUUGCGUCUUUGUAUGGAGAAUCGGCUGGACGAAGCAUUGCAGUUGGUCGAAGACAUGGAAGCCAGAGGCUUUGUUGUUGAUCUGGUUACCAUAACAUCGCUCCUAAUUGCGCUUCUUAGACAAGGUCGGUGGGAUUGGAUGGAGAGGCUCAUGAAGCACAUUAGAGAUGGCAAUCUAGUGCCAACUGUUCUCAAGUGGAAAGCUAAUAUGGAAGCGUCGAUAAAGAAUGCACAGAACAGAAGAAAGGAUUUUACAUCUAUGUUCCCGUCUAAAGGUGACUGUGACGAGAUCAUACGUUUGAUAAGCUCGCCUAGCACAGGUAUCAAGAUUAGGCUUGGAUCAUGUGGUGGAGGGUUGCAGGACGAUGAAAUGUCUUCCAGCGAGACUGAUCAAUGGUCGUCAUCCCCAUAUAUGGAUAAGUUGGCCAAUCAAGUGACCUCCAACAACCCUUAUAAUCCACUUUUCUCGCUGUCUAGGGGAAUACGAGUUCUGGGGGAAGGCUUAGACUCAUUUGAUAUUGAUAUGAUCAAUACCUACUUGUCUAUAUUAUUGGCCAAGGGGAAGCUGAGCUUAGCCUGUAAGCUAUUUGAGAUUUUCACCAACAUGGGUAUUGACCCUGUGAGUUACACUUACAAUUCCAUGAUGAGUUCGUUUGUCAAGAAGGGCUAUUUCAAUGAGGCCUUCAGUGUUCUUCAUGAAAUGGCUGAGAAGGUUUGCCCUGCAGACAUAGCAACUUAUAAUAUGAUAAUCCAAGGCUUGGGGAAGAUGGGAAGGGCAGAUCUAGCCAGUGCUGUUCUGGAUAACCUAAUAGAGCAGGGUGGUUAUCUUGACAUUGUGAUGUAUAAUACCUUGAUUAAUGCCCUAGGGAAGGCUGGCCGAAUUGACGAAGCAAGCAAGCUUUUUGAGCAGAUGAGAACUAGUGGGAUAAAUCCUGAUGUUGUCACUUUCAACACACUAAUUGAAGUUCAUAGCAAAGCAGGACAAUUAAAGGAUGCUUACAAGUUUUUAAAAAUGAUGCUGGAUGCAGGUUGUCACCCAAACCAUGUCACCGACACAAUUCUAGAUUUUCUAGAGAAGGAGAUUGAGAAACUAAGAUACCAAAAGGCAUCAAUCAGACGAGCUACUAAGGAUGAUUCUUUAUGAAGAACAACUCUUCCGGUAUGGAUGGUUCGAGAAAAGUGGAAACAUGUUGUGGGCCAUUUCAUCAGGAACCAGCCUCACAACUAAUCAUCAAUUCAGAAC